AUGUCUUCAUCCUCAACAAACCCUCCAUCUACAAUUAAGCUAGAACCGGAUUCUCUCUCCCCCGUUGUAGUUUCCACUCCAAAUUCUAUGUCAUCUGUCACUUCAACUGCAUCAAAUUCUACUCAACCUACUUCAACAUCUCAAAAGGACCAACAACAACAACAACAACAACAAAAAAAACAACCAGUAAGAAGACGGAAACGUAAAGCCCCAGAAAAUGAUUCUCAAGACUCUUCAACUGCCCCAGCAAAACCUCCAUCAACAACAUCAACAAAAUCUUUAAAAGAUAAAAAUAAUGAUGAAGAAACUCCUGCAAAGCGUAAACGCAUGUCAGUUGCAUGUUUAGGAUGUCGAGCUCGUAAAGUAAAGUGUGACGGAAGAAAACCCCGCUGCUUAAACUGCGAACUCUACAAGGAUGAAUGUACUUUUGUCUUCCACAAUGAUAAACGUAAACCAUACCCAAAAGAAUACAUUGAUGCUUUAAACUCUCGCAUCCGCAUCCUCGAAAAUCUCCUCACUGAAUCAAACAUAGAGUUUGAUCCUGCAACUGAUAUCCCUGUCCAUGAAGACUCCUCCUCAAACCUUCUCCUUGAAAGUGACAACAACGACCCCAACCGAUCAAUUGAAUCUAAUACAACCGGUCCAGACGGUCAACAGAUUUCCGCAGAAAAUAUCCAUCGAUCUUCUGACUUUGUCGAAAAAUUGGCUGCUCGUGUUGGUGACCUCUCAAUGACUGAAACUGGCUUGCGCUAUUUUGGCCCUACUUCCAAUUUCCACUUUUUAUCUUCUACAAUAUGGACCCGCAAACCAACAUCAGACAUUGUUGCCAAAGGUCGUAAAGCUAUUGAAGAUGCAGGUAUCGAAUACAAUAUUGACCCAAAACAGCGUGAUCAUCUCCUCAACCUUUACUGGACUUGGAUACAUCCCUUUUAUGCCCUCACUGAUAAAAAACUCUUUUUAAGAGACAUGGAGACUUACUACCUCUCAGAUGAUCAUGCUUCUACCUCUUCUUCUUUUUCUUCAAACAGACCUUCAACUAGUGGAAGCGCAGAUGCUUCUUCCAAUGACACCUUCAACAACCUAGCAAGAGGCCCUACAAAAUACUUUUCACCCCUACUCCUCUACUCAAUGCUGGCUAUUGCCUCUCUCCUCGACGACCUCUACAAUGGCCAUCAAUACCACAUCAAAGCCCGCAUUCUUCUCGACCUCGAAAUGGAAGAACCCCAAAUCACUACUGUCCAAGCCGCUGCCAUUUUGGGUCUCUAUGAAGGUGUCUCUGACCGUGAUACUCGCGGCUGGAUCUACUCCGGUAUGGCUAUCCGAAUGGCUAUAGAGUUGGGUUAUCAUCUGGACUCAAAGCGAUGGGUCGAGCAAGGUCUCAUCUCUGAAGAAGAAGCCUAUAUGCGUCAAAUAACCUUUUGGGGGUGCUUUCUAACAGAUCGUCUUUGGUCCUUUUACCUUGGAAGAUCCUCCUCAAUCCGCUUGGCCGAUGUCCAAGUUCAACGUCCAAAAGAUAUUGAUGAAGCUGUUUCUACAACAAACUUAAAUAGCUCUUCCACGGGAGGUCCUUCUUCAAGCACCGCUGCAGGUGGAGACUCUGCAACAGGCACAACUGGCUCUCAGCUAUUGGCUUCCUCUGACUCUUCCUCUUCCUCUUCCUCCUCAUUCGCCCCUGAUACUUGGGUCCCAUACAUUGCCCCCGAUGUCGAUCUGCCCAACAUUUGGAAAGAAUAUACCGCACUCACUCGCACUCGUACAACAAAUGUCUAUCUCAUUCAACUAGCUAUCCUCAAUGCUGAAAUCCAAGAAGUCAUGUAUGCCACCUCUCAAACCCGCUCUCUCAAUAGCCUCUGGGCUUUUGCUUCUCAAAUGCACAUCAAGCUAGCUCAAUGGUACACUACCCUCCCAUCUCCACUCCUGUGCUCCCCCAACUCUCAAAAACCAGUCAUUGCUCACAUUGUCCUCAUCCACCUUCAAUACCACUUAACUCUCAUCUAUCUCCACAGACCCUUCAUGUACAUGCCUAACAAUCUGCCAGCAGCAAACCACGCUGCAGAUUUGUGCCGCCAAGCUGCUCUGGGAAUCUCCAACUUGCUUGCUCGGUACCACCAUUCUUGGUACACUUUACGCCGUAUUCACCCGGCCGCUGUCCACAUGGCAUUUUCAGCAGCCACAGUACAUUUAAAUAGCGCUUGGAAUGAUACUGGUAUGAACAAAGUUAACGCUACCCAAGGACUCAAAACAUGUUGCGAGGCUCUUGCUGCAAUGAGCUCCGCUUAUGAGUGCGCAAAGCGUGCCCUUGCCAUUAUCACACGGCUCAUGAAUAAGGGCCGCUAUGGCUUUUCUGACAACUCUCGAGUAAUGUCUGCAUAUGGUAGUGCCAUCCCCAGUGGGGCAACCACUCCUAUCAACUCCUUGAUGGCAAGUAAUUCCAAAGAAGGGUCUCGACCACAAUCUAAGGUUUCCUCUCCAACAGUUACUUCCUUCAUCAAACCAGAGAUAUCCCCAACUUGUGCAACAAGUCAUACUGAUUCACCAGUUCUUGACAUUCGCAGCACUCUUCACAAAAGUGAGUCGGACUCACAAAACCCUGUUGUUAUUGCUGCUGGAAUUGCGGCGCUGGCCGCCAACACUCGCAACAAUAACAUUUCCAAGGCUGUUUCCUCUGGCCGACAUGGGAGCAGCGUCCACCACACAGUCUCUGGCGCUCUUCCCGCUUCUGGAACAAAUCUCCCAGAAAGUGAUAUUUCCACCUAUCCUCCCUUUGAUAUUGUGGAGGCCAUCACACGUGGAUUUAGCAACUCAGAGCUCAAGCCCAUGGCUUCAGGAAAUGACGUGGCUGAAACUGUAUGGCGCCCGUCUUUGCAGCGCAACCUUAACCGUCAUCGGGCCAUGAUGAAUUCCACUUCGUUAAAUAAUGGUGGGCUUUUGAGCAAUAUUUCUACAGUCAACAAUAAUGAGAUACGCUCAACAAAUAAUAACAUUGAGUCGAAUAACUUCCCUCUUGGUGUCAACACUGUGCCAUUUUUCAAUUCUGAAGACUUUUUUGCUUAUGCUCGCAACAUGAAUAAUAAUAAUAAUAAUAAUCAAAAUCAAAAUCAAAAUCAAAAUCAAGGUGUUGUGAACCAAAGUUCUAACAAUGAUUCUUCAGAGAGUCCGAAAAAUGACAUGGCUGGGUUUGGAACACCUCCAGGGUACUAUUACACUUUGGAUGAAGCUCCACGGCCUCCGCAAAAUAUCAGCAAUCGUGUUUUUGGCUACACUUUGAGCAGGGCUCAGUCUUAUCUUAAUCAACUACAUUAUCUUCAGCAGCAGCAACAACAGCAGCAACAACAUCAACAGCAGCAGCAGCAGCAUCAACAGCAGCUACAUCAACAGCAGCAGCAACAACACCACCAACACCACCAUCAGCGAAAUAACAGCAACGUUAGUGCUCACGGUGAUGACAAUGACGAUUCCACCGGCAGAGCCAUGGAUUCCGAUAUUGAUGGUCCUUCUUCAGCUAAUGAUGACCCACGGUUACUUAAGGCCAAGUCUACACCUACUACUCGCAAAGCCAUGUCGGACUUGCUAAUGCUAACCACGCCUUAUUUAACAGCAGCUUCUGGGCUGGGCGGUGAUGGUGGCGACAAAUCGGGUAACAAGUCUGGGGAUGAGGCUAAGCAUAAUAAUAAGCAGCAGAAUCAUCAUGACAAACACCGAAAUAGUAGUGGCGGGAGCAGCAGCCACGGGUUAUCAAACUAUGCCAACUUUGUGACCAAGUACUCUAUGGGCAGCGGGCACCGCGGCAGCGCGAGCGGGGCAUCGGGUGACGCGGGGUCGUCAUCUUCAGCGGGUUCCCAUGUGGAUGGUGACAAUGAUGGCGACGCUACUGAGUUUCUUAACCCCUCAUCUGCAAGUAUCCCAUUUAUGUUGGGUGGCCUUGGUGGGCUCGGCAUGAACCUCGGCCUUGUUAGUGGCAGCCACCACAGUAAUGGAGCUAAUACUACUAGUAGUAGUAAUAAUGAUUAUGGUUCGCACCACCAUGGCCAUGGGAAUCACCAAGGGAAUCACCAAGGGAAUCACCAAGGGAAUCACCAAGGGAAUCAUCAUGGGAAUCAUCAUGGGAAUCACCAAGGGAAUCAUCAUGGGAAUCACCACGGACACCAUGGUGUUUCGUCUGGCGUCAUUGAUGGCGUACUGGGGGCGGCUAGUGGCGGCAGCAGCAACAACAAUGGGGCUGGUGAUGGUCAUGUUGCAGCGGUUGUUGGCGGCGCAAGUACUCCGACAUUUUUCGAUCAGUUUGGUGGGGUGUCCGGGUUAGUUCCGGAUCUUGUGGGGACUAACGAAUGGCGGGCCUUUUUCCAUGCAGUGAAGAGUGAUUCAUCAGUAGGUCAAGGGUUUGAUGAAGGGAAAUCUGGAGGAGGACGUGAUAAUGGAACAACAAGUGGGGGGAAUAAUAAUAAUAAUAAUAAUAAUAAUGAAGCAGUGGGAGUUGGAAAUGGAAAUGGAAAUGGAAAUGGUCGUUAA